GGGUCAGGCAGCGCUCCCGGUACCGCCUCCCCCGGGGGCGAGUCGUGCCCGCCGGCCCCCGGGGACGUGUGUGCCCAGCGGCAGCAGCGGCGCCGGGCUGGGCUCUGGGAGCUGAUUUUGGACUCUGCAAAGCGGCCACCGUCUGUCCGGAUCUGGCAUUCGUUAGCUCCCAAGUGCAGCGUUUCGGGGCCAAAACAACCUGCUUCAGCUUUUUUUUUUUCAGAGUCGAGGAGGCAGAGAGCGGUGCUUUGGCCCUGACGCUUGUUUCGGGAGCCUUUGGCUGGGAGCACGCUGUGUUUUGCUUCCUGCUAGACAGAGGGGGGGAGAGGGGGGAAAGAAAGGAACAUCCCAUCACCCAGAGUGACUGGAGUGUCUGCCAUGCCCCAUCCGAACACAUGGGAAGGGAGCUGGGAGGACAAGUCCUGGCCUCAGUGGCUGCAGGGAAGGUGUUUUCCUAUUUGCUCUUGCAAAGGGAAUUCGGGGAGUAGCGAGAGCUAUGGGGCACAGGAUGCUGUGGAGGGGAGGGCAGGAAUUAGGCACCAUGCUGUGCAGAUGGGGUCAGGGCUGGCUGAGAUGUGCUGCUCUGAGCUCCAGUGUUUGGUAUUUUGUUACUGGUUUGCUCAUUACCUUCUGUUUCAGGAGCUGUUUAAAAAAUGGUCCGAGCCAGGGACACAGGAAGGUCUGGUUUAAUUCCAGGAGCAGCAAAACUGUCCAGUGAUCCCAAUGACAUGUUCGAUGGUGUUGGCGUCUGUGCUAGAGAGGAAUAUUUUCCUCUCCUUUGCUUUUGGGGCAACAGGACUCUGUUUUUCCUUUCGUACUGUUCUAGUGGGUGGUCAAACAAGUCUUCCAAAGGUUAGUGGUUGGAUUUUGAAUUUAAAAAAAAAAGGUUGUACGCUCCAGAAACAUCAAAUGGUUCGAUAAGCGUAAAAACAUCAAAAACAGAGGAGCAGAUGAGCGGAGUAAGCAGGGUGAUUAAAAUCUGCUUGAGGGACUGUUCUUACAACUGGGAAAUGCCCCAGUGCCCCAUUUGCUUUCAAAGCUCAGAAGUACCCAGCUCUGAAACCAGGUGCUGAUCCCUGUCCACACUCGCACAGGGCCUGAUCCUGCAGCAGAGGGUGAGCGUGCAGCACAGUGCUGCUCUUCUCCCUGCAACUUGUCCUGCAUUGAACCCGUUAUGGGAUUAAGCCCUAAAUCCCAUGGCGAGGCAGAGUUCCCCUGGGAUGCACAGCAGUAACUAGUCUGUGGAGAUAACAAGGGCAGCAAAUACUGCUGGUUUCCAGUCUUUCCACUCUGGGCCUCUGUGGGGCAGAAAGAUGCCUGAGGAUGACUGGAGGGACAGAAAACAUCAAGAUUUUAGGGAUAAACUACCCUGGGAAAUUCUUCUGUCAGUGACACCAACAGCUCACUGCUUUUAUCAGGUGUAUUUUGACCCUCAUCCUGAAUUGGUUGUUUAACCCUUUGUGUUUCAUUUUCUGUUUCAACAUUCAGGCUUUGAAUAAUGUUAGGAAGCACAACCACUUUUAUUUUAUUUUGGAAGGACUUCUUUUUUUACAGAAGGUGGAAGGACACUCUUCCAGGAAGCAGCUGCCCGUGAGGAGACCAGCACAGAGAGCCCUAAACAGGACCUUCAUCAAAGCGGUGCUUGGAGAGUGAUGGUCUUAAAAUGAAAAGGUGCUGUGAGGGUGUUGGGCUGCCAUGCCUGUUUAAGAGACAGGCAGGCCCCAGCUCUGAGUUACCCUGGGCCUUUUGGGAGUCCAUGGUGCCUGCAGAGCCCAACCCAGAGGCAAACCAUGUCCAGGGUGUUGGUAUGGCCAGCUCCCAGCCUCCAAAGUACCUUCUCAUCUUCGACUUUGAUGAGACCAUCAUCAAUGAGAACAGUGACGACUCCAUCAUCAGGGCAGCACCAGGGCAGGCACUUCCAGAGCACAUCCGGCAGACCUUCUGCGAGGGUUUCUACAAUGAGUACAUGCAGCGUGUCCUGACGUACAUGGGAGACCAAGGUGUCAAGAUGGGGGACUUCAAGACUGUAUAUGAGAACAUUCCCCUGUCCCCUGGCAUGCCUGACCUCUUCCAGUUCCUCUCCAAGAACCAUGAAGUCUUUGAGAUCAUCCUCAUCUCCGAUGCCAACAUGUUUGGCAUUGAAUGCAAUCUGAGGGCAGCUGGUUUCUACUCUCUCUUCCGCAAAAUCUUCAGCAACCCAUCCAGCUUUGACAAAAGGGGGUACUUCACCUUGGGGCCCUACCACAGCCACAAGUGCCUUGACUGCCCAGCCAACAUGUGCAAACGCAAAAUCCUAACAGAGUAUCUGGCAGAGAGAGCCCAGGAAGAGGUGGAGUUUGAGAGGGUCUUUUAUGUGGGAGACGGUGCCAAUGACUUCUGCCCUUCUGUGACUUUGACUUCAGCUGAUAUUGCUUUCCCACGGAAGGGCUACCCCAUGCACCGGAUGACCCAAGAGAUGGAGAAUAAGCAACCUGGAGCCUUCCAGGCCACUGUUGUUCCCUGGGAGUCAGCUACAGAGGUCACCCGCUAUCUCCAGGAGGUCCUCAAGAAGUGUUGAAGAUAGCUCAAAAGAAGCUUGUUUACUAUAAGCAUCUGGGAAAGGAGAGUCCUGGAGGGUCAGGUCCUGUACUCCAUGCUCAUCUGGCACUACUCACUGGGACUCCGAUUCCUGGGCUGCUUUCCUGCCUUCCUCUCCACGCUCCUUUCUCCCCGGUGGUAAAAGCACUUUCUCUACCCCCCCCCCACCCCCUCACCCCAGCCUUUCCCUUUUCCAUUGCCGUGUUGAGAUGACGCCUUCUCUAUGCAGCUUGGACAUCAACUCCAGUGUCGGUGCUUGACAACACUAACAGUGUGGGUUUUUUUUUCCCCUUUUGACUUCACAAGAGCAAUUCUUUAAAAUCCAGAAGCCAGCUUUCCUGAAGGCUGAGCCCUGCACAUGCUUCCUCUUGACUUCACCCUGCUCUCCUCCUGCUCAUCUUUGUUUGUUACGCAGAAACUGCGUGCUGUCACCUUCAACCUGAUGCUCUGAGGGCUCCUUGCCUCUUCAGGAAGCUAUUAGAAAUUUAAUCCAUGAAAUUUGUGCUGCCCAGGCUCCACAGCUUGCCAUGCACCCCACACCUUCCUCAGCUGGUGAGCCUUUUGCUGGAGUUAAUUGUUGCUUAAGACUUUAUUUUCUG